UUAAGUUUAUCAAAAAAAUCACCAUUAGUUGUUUUUGUUUGUAUAUAAAUCCCGACCUUCUGUAAUUCAAAAUUGCAACAAAGAAAAAAAAUGGAUUGGAUUUGCGUAACGGCAAUCGCAUCAAUCACAUUCCUCUACCUAAUUCAAUGGCGGCGGAGCAAGAAGAAACUCCCUCCCGGCCCGAUCGGGCUUCCGGUCAUCGGCCAUUUCCAUCUCCUAAGCAAGAAUCCGCACCGAGACCUCCACCACCUGGCCCGCAAACACGGCCCGAUCAUGCACACCCGCUUCGGCUCCAUCCCGACCAUCGUCGUCUCCUCCCCCUCCGCCGCCGAGCUCUUCCUCAAAACCCACGACCUCAUCUUCGCCAACCGGCCCCACCACGAGGCCGCCUUCCACCUCGGCUACGAGCAGCGCAACGUCGUCUUCGGCCGCUACGGCCACUACUGGCGAAACAUGCGCAAGCUCUGCGUGCUCGAGCUCCUCAGCCCCCUCAAGAUCGCCCGUUUCCGGCCUAUGAGGGAGGCGGAGCUAGGGCUUCUGGUGGCGGAGCUGAGGGAGGCGCGUGGCCCGGUCCCAGUGGACUUGAGCGCUCGGGUCAUGUCGCUCAGCGCGGAUAUGACGUGCUUGAUGGUGUUCGGGAGGAAGUUCUCGGACGGGGAGUUCGACGAGAGGGGGUUUAAGGAGGUGAUGGCGGAGACGAUGGCCGAGGCGGCCGCGUUUAAUCUCGGCGACUAUUUCCCCUACCUGAGGUGGAUGGAUCUUCAGGGCUCGGCGCGGCGGCUCAAGAAGCUUAGUGCGAUUUUCGAUAGGUUUCUUGAGAGGAUUAUCGAUGACCAUGUUGGCAAGGACGAGAGGAGUCAUGAUUUCGUGGAUACCAUCAUGGCCAUUCUUGACUCUGGCGAGGCCGGAUUUGACUUUGACCGCCGCCAUGUCAAGGCCAUUCUUCUGGAUAUGUUGCUAGCUGGAAUGGACACUUCUGCAGCAGCGGUAGAAUGGGCCAUGUCUGAAGUAAUUAGACAUCCAAGAGUAAUGAAGAAACUCCAGAAAGAAGUUGAAGAAAAGGUGGGGCGAAAUCAAAUGGUGGAAGAAUGUCACCUCUCCAGCCUCAAGUACCUUGAUUGUGUCAUCAAGGAAUCUAUGAGGCUCCACCCUGUCGGGCCGUUGCUCAUACACGAGGCCAUGGAAGAGUGCGAGAUCAACGGGUUUCACAUUCCAAAUAAAGUACGAGUUCUUGUCAAUGUUUGGUCCAUCGGGAGGGAUCCCGAAGCCUGGACUGACCCUGAAAAUUUUAAUCCAGAGAGAUUCCAAGGGAGCAAUAUUGAGCUUUUGGGCCGAGAUUUUAAGCUCAUACCAUUUGGGUCGGGUAGAAGGGGCUGCCCAGGGCUACAAUUGGGGAUAACCGUAGUUAGUUUGAUAGUCGCGCAAUUGGUUCAUUGCUUUGACUGGGAGCUCCCUGAUGGCACAAAACCAUAUGAUUUGGACAUGUCCGAGCAUUUUGGUUUGGUCACUUCUAGGGCUAAGCAUCUAAUGACUCUUCCAAAUUAUAGGCUGCAUAUUUGAAUUAGUUAUCGAGUUCUCUAUUUCACAUAUGCGUAGUGAUAUGUAUUGUGCAAUAGUUGUUACUAAUAAUUAAAUUAUGAUCAUGGUAAGUAGUCAAAAGUUAUUCAAAAUUUGUUUAUUAUUAUCAAA